CACUAGUACCAACCAGCGCCCAAUGCCAACGACUAUAAGACAGCACCCAGACCACCUUGCUAUUGCCCACUGGCCCCCUGCCUCGCUAUCCUCUUCUAGCUUCUUCGCUCCGCUGCCCCGAGUCAAACUGGCGUUGCCUCCUCCUUGCCCAAGGGUGUCGUUUCCUCCUUGCCCAAGGGCGCUGCCUCCUCCUUGCCCAAGGGCACUACUUACUCCUCACACAAGGGCGCCAACCAGCUUGGCCUGGGGAUUCGCCAAGGCGUCCCCCAUGGCCUCGCCUGGAGCUUUGCCAUGGCGUCGCCCAUGGCUUCGCCUAGUGUGGCCCCACCUCGAUUUGGGUCUUCUCCUCUCAUACUUGCAUCGAAGACGACAACCCUGCUCCCACUUCUGCCGACACCUGGAUCACCCACAAUAA